AUGUCUCAGGAUUAUUUUGGAUUCUCCUUCAUAAGGAGCAAUGCAAGAAAUGGCACAAAUACCGUGGCUCUGAACAACCCGGCAGAUAUCGCCGUUAUUGUAAUCUACUUUUUGGUUGUCUUGGCUGUCGGAGUAUGGGCUAUGGUCCGCACCAACCGAUCCACUGUCGGUGGCUUCUUCCUGGCGGGGAGGAGUAUGGUGUGGUGGCCAAUCGGCGCGUCAUUGUUUGCCAGCAACAUUGGCAGCGGCCACUUUGUGGGUCUGGCCGGGACUGCUGCAGCUGCAGGAAUUGCUAUUGGUGGAUUUGAAUGGAAUGCUCUUAUAGUGGUCGUCAUUCUGGGAUGGCUCUUUGUGCCUAUUUAUAUCAAAGCUGGGGUGGUCACUAUGCCUGAGUACCUGAAGAAGAGGUUUGGAGGACAGCGUAUUCGCAUCUAUCUCUCUGUGCUGUCUCUCUUCCUGUAUGUUUUCACCAAGAUCUCAGCAGACAUGUUCUCUGGCGCCAUUUUUAUCAACCAGGCUCUCGGCUUGAACAUCUACGUUGCUGUUGUCAUACUGCUAUUGAUUACUGCGCUGUACACUGUCACAGGUGGACUGGCUGCAGUGAUCUACACAGACACGUUACAGACCAUCAUCAUGAUUGUUGGAUCAUUCAUCCUUAUGGGCUUUGCUUUCCACGAGGUGGGAGGUUAUGAAAGUUUCCAGCAGCGCUACAUGGAAGCCAUCCCCUCUUUGACAACUAACAUCAAUGCAAGCUGCUAUGAACCUCGGAGCGACUCUUUCCAUCUUUUUAGGGACGCCAUUACAGGGGACCUGCCAUGGCCUGGCCUUGUGUUUGGACUCACCAUUCAGGCCACCUGGUACUGGUGCUCUGAUCAGGUGAUUGUCCAGCGUUGCCUCUCAGCCAAGAAUUUAUCUCAUGUUAAGGCAGGCUGCAUCUUGUGUGGGUACCUGAAGCUGCUGCCCAUGUUCCUCAUGGUUUUCCCAGGGAUGAUCAGUAGGAUCCUCUAUCCCAAUGAGGUGGCUUGUGUGGUGCCAGAGGAAUGUGAAACAAUCUGCGGUGCCAGUGUGGGCUGCACCAACAUUGCUUAUCCCAAACUGGUGGUGGACCUCAUGCCCAAUGGUCUGCGAGGUCUCAUGCUGUCAGUGAUGCUGGCCUCUCUGAUGAGUUCACUCACGUCCAUCUUCAACAGCGCCAGUACUCUCUUCACAAUGGACAUCUACACUAAGAUUCGCCGCACAGCCAGUGAAAGGGAACUCAUGAUUGCUGGCAGACUGUUUAUCUUGGCCUUGAUUGGUGUGAGCAUAGCAUGGAUCCCUGUGGUGCAGUCUGCCCAGAGCGGUCAGCUCUUUGACUACAUCCAGUCCAUCACCAGCUACCUCACACCACCUGUUGCAGCUGUCUUCAUGCUUGCCAUCUUCUGCAAACGUGUAAAUGAGCCUGGUGCAUUUUACGGCCUCAUGAUUGGCCUUCUUAUCGGCCUGUCCAGGAUGAUAGCAGAGUUUGCUUACGGGACAGGCAGCUGUGUUAACCCCAGUAGCUGUCCCACCAUCAUAUGUGGAGUCCACUACCUCUACUUCUCCAUCAUCCUUUUUGUUGUCUCAUGUGUCCUCAUCCUGGGAAUCUCUCUUAUGACAAAACCCAUCGACGACAAGCAUUUAUAUCGCCUGUGCUGGAGCCUGAGGAACCGUACGGAGGAGAGGGUGGAUCUUGAACAGGAUGAUUGGGUUGAGGACACAAAGUCAGAAGAUAUGGACAUAGCGGAGCCCGAUGAGGAGCCAGGCUUGUGUAAGAAAGCGGUGAUGGGCUUCUGCGGCCUGGAGCAGAAAAAAGCCCCAAAGCUGAGCAAAGAGGAGCAGGCAGAGCUGCAGAAGAAGCUCACAGACACCACAGAAGUGCCACUAUGGAGAAACAUUGUCAACGCCAACGCCCUGAUCCUCCUGUGUGUGGCCGUUUUCUUCCAUGGUUUUUACGGUUAAAGGAACUGACCCCGGUUGCUCUCAGAAUUCAUAUUUAAGUGACAAGAUUUUAUUUUAAUGUAAUUUAUGACCUCAAUUGAACUAUUGCCUACAACCCUCUUUACAAUAGAUAAGGAUACCUCUCUUUCGUGUAUCAUUAUUACUGUAUGUAUGUCAUGUAUGGCUACUGAGCUCCUCCAGGACAGAAAAUAUAUUUUUAUAAAGUAUGUGCCUGUCUAAAACUCUUAAAAAUACUUCAAUACUGUAUACAUGUCUGAUGUAAAAUUUCCUAUCGCACAUAAUCUCUCUUUUUGGUUAACGCUGCAGCUGAAGUAAACCAGUAAACUAUAAUGUAAUAUAUUAACACAUGCUACACUUUAAAACAUGUCAGUGUGUUACAUAAAUAUUCACACAUCUAUUGUCCUGCAGGCACAGUUGGGUUUUCCAGUGUUAACUAUAUGAGGUUUGUUAUUUGUCUUUACUGUUGCUGUUUGGGAUUGUAGGCAUAAUGAGAGAUGUCAGGAGUGUCUUUGUAAAUCAGAACAGUUCAUGUAUGAAGCUGCAGGCUAAUCUUCACCUGAAAGGAGUGCACUCAUGCUGCUCAUAGUCAACACGUUCUUAUCCCAACUCCUUAAAUGCUAUCACUUUGUCAGUUAGACCUACAUGCCUAGAUGUAAUGUGCAAGGUACCCUCCUAUGUAUGUUGUUGACCUUUGGGGAUGGCUUGUCAAUUUACGAUUGUCACAUGCAUCGUGUCUUUUCAAAAUACACUUCAGUAACACAG